CAUUCAGUUCUCUAUCUUCCUUCGGUUCUGAGAGAAAGCUAUAUCUCUAUUUUUCUUCGCUCUACUCCACCGACUUGGUGAACAUUCUCAAUCGUUAACUCAGAUAUCUGUUUCAUCUACAUAUAAUUUUCAGAUCCAGUUUAUUGAAUUUGCAGAGGUUGGACAUAAUUCAAGCUACCUACAUGUGAGGAUGGUGGAAUCACCCAAGGAAGCUGCUAGUAAUUGCAAAACUAAAAGUUCACUGCUAGAUGAAGAAAUUGGAAAGGAUUUUUUCAGUUCCUGGAAAUCAGUAUCAGGGGCAGAGGAUGAUGCUAUGGAUUUUACCUCUCCAUCACUUUCCAAGGGUUCCAAGGGCAAAAAAAGCAACUUCAACUUUGACAAACUGGAUAUGGAUUUUGCUCUUGAUGGCGACUUUGGCAAUAUACCAUCAUCCUUCAAAAUAAGCAUGCCAGAUCUGGAUUUCUCAAGUCCACCUAGAAGGCCUGGGAAACCCAAUGAAACAAAUGGAAAGGAGUUAGAGAGUGGAAAAUUUGAUAACAAGCAAGAUCGCUUCAACUUCAGUUUUGAUUUUAAUGCGUUGGAUAGUUUUGAUUUGGAUUCAAGCCCGAAGAUAGGAGAAAAGAAAUCAGACAAAACUGCAGAAUCUGCAUCUGACCGUGCAUUGGAUCCCGUUCGUGAACAUGAAAAAAAUCAAAGUUCUAGGGGCAACAAGGCUGCAGGUGGUUCUGAGAAUCAUGAUUCCUUAAGUGAUAAGAAUCCUUCCACGUCUACAGAUGUUGGAAAAUUAAAGGGGUUAGAAAGCUUUGAUCUGGAUUCAAGCUGGAAUGAAGGAGAAAAUAAUUCAGACAGAAAUGCUGAAACUGGCAAGGAAAAGAAAUCCGGGUCCCUACAUGAACAGACUCAAUAUUCCAGAAGCAACUUGGGUGGAGGAGGCAUUAAUGCAAAUCAAAAGAAUCAAAGUUCUAGGGGAAACAUGGCUGCAGGUGGAUCUAAGAAUGAUGAUUCCUUAGGUGAUGGUAAUCCUUCCACAUCUACAGAUAUUGGAAAGUUAAAAGUGGUAGAAAAUUUUCAUUUAGAUUCAAGCUGGACAGAAGGAGAAAAUAAAACUGACGCAGGUGCAGAAACUGGCAAGGAAAAGAAAUCCGAGUUCCUACAUGAACAGACUCAAUAUUCCAGAAGCAACUUGGGUGGAGGUAGUGAUGCCUUUGAAGGUACUGAGAGCGAUAAAUUUCUUACACCGAAGCGUGUAACCACAUCAAUGGCUGUGCACUCAAGAGGUAGCUCUGUGAAAGAUGAUUCAAGAAUCAACUGUUCUCCAUCUAGAUCUGCAAAUGUGCAAAAUCUAAAUGUGCCUCAUGGAGCAACAUCUCUAGAGAAAGAAGGAAAUAUCUGCACAAAGGUAACCAACCAACUUGGUCAGGAGAUGGAGGGGACAGUGCCUACAGAACAACGUUAUCAACAUUCUACCCAAGAUUUAUGCAUAUCGUCUGUGUCUGGUAGCGACUCAAUUCAGGAGGCAGUUCCAGAGUUAACGGCAGAACAUUCCCCUGACGCUCAAGUAAAAUCCACUAUUGGUGGGGAACAAGAUAUUGGUGUCAAAAUGGUGGCUGGAUUGGAGUCAAACCUUGUUGACACUUCUAACCUAGAAUGCUCAUCACCACUAGACGUUAGAAAGCAACAGAAAACUAACAUAUCAGUUGCUAGAAAGUUGGAUACCCAAAAUACUGGUUCAACUGGGGAUUCAGAUACUGUUGCUUCUGCACAGAGUGAUAUAGUCAAAGAUGCUGCUGUUGCAAGUGUCUCACAGGAUACGCUCCUCAGCAAACACCAUAUGAAAGAAGACAGAAGUGUGUCAAAGCAUCUAUUGCCACCUCUGCAUAGUGACCCCAAAGUUCAUAAGCCUGCUCAAGUGAAAGAAAAGGGUGCUGGGCAUAUUCACUUGAAGCCUCUCAGCAAACCGGAUGGAACUGGCGAUCCAGCAAAUACAGCAGUAGCUCCAGGAAAAAAUUGUUUUCCUAACAGCAAAAGCACCGAAACCCCGAGUUCUAGUCCUGUGCAUGAAAGGAGGCUGCAUAUUGGUAACGAGAACACUAAAGUUGUGAAUCAGAGGGCUAGAGCUUCUUGUUCAUCUGAUACAAGAAGAAAAGCUCUACCUAUUGCACCAGAAAGUGUUAAGAAUGAUAUUCAACAUAAUAUAUCUGGUUCGCAAGAUCAUCCCUCCAGGUUACUCCAGCAGAAAUCUAAAUCUGGCUCUCUAAAGUGUGUAAAUCCUAGACUUCCAGUAUCAAGCAUUGCACCUAUAAGAAGCAACAAAAGCAUUGCUUCUACAAAAAAUGAUAAAUCUCCUUCAAAUGUUCUGAAGAAGACGCCUGAUAAUCCUUGCUUGAAAGUUUCUAGGCCUAUGACAUCCAAGAAUGAUCUACCACAUUCCAAUGUUCCAAGAGAAAUAAAGUCAUUAAGUCCCAGAGUAGGAAACCCAGGAGUGAGCAUAAAUGCAACGUCUGAGAUCGUUCAUUCUCUUGGUCUACAGAAGUAUGGAUUGUCAAGCCCAUCUUUGAAGCGAAAGAACAUUGAGGGGUCCGAUGCAGAUCCAGCGGCUUCAUAUCCGUUUAAACGUUUUGCUGAGUCACCUAAUGAUAGCAGGAAACCUAACGAGGCUUCUGAAAAAUUUGAAAAGUCAUUAACUCUACAGAGCAGUAGUUACCAAUCGACCUCCACAGUUGAAUUCACUCUGGAUUCAAGGUUAUCAACAUUCGGAGUUCCUUUAACAAUGGAGAAUGAUGGAAUUGCUGAAAAGGCUGAAGCUUAUACGAAAGAGCUCGAAGAUAUUUGCAACAUGCUGAAAAAGAAGCAUGAGGAAGCCAAAGAGAUACUGGUUCGUGCUAUCGUCAACAACAAUAAUCUGUUGAUGCUGAACCAUCCAGUCUACGAAGAGAAGAUCCGUGCCGUUCAGAGGUUUGCUGCACGCAUGUUGCAGCGGGAUCUUCAAGUUUGAUCUGCUGAUACAACAAAUGAUCCUCUGAUGGAUGUGGCCAUACUUCCGUUCAUGGACUGCUGUUGUUAAUCUGCUCGCGGCAGCGGUUACUUUCUGGCACAAUCAUAUUACUACUUGAAUUCAGAAGUGAUUGUAAUCUGAAAUAGUUUUCAAGACAGAACGUGCUUGUAAUGUUAAUAGGAAUGCAUAUAUACACAUCUUACUGCUUAUUUCUUUGGUUAAUGGGGAGUCACUCGCUCCCACUAACCACUUUUGCUUCCACUAGGUUACAUGAUUGAUAAGAGCCAGCAAUAUUUUGUCAUACAAUUACAUUACAUUUUAACGCAUUUGUCGUCC